AUAUAGUCAUUGAUCGCCGAAACGUUGGUGCUAGCGGUUGCACCAUGGCAGUACUCUCUUUCGUUCAACGAAACUUGUUGCGUUCGAAGUUCUUUUGGCAUUUUGUGUGUUUUGCUUUUUUCAUCCAUGGUCAGCAAGGCUUUGCCCAAGAACAAGAAGAGAUCGAAACAUUUGACCUUCUCAUGCCAAAUGUUCUACCCAAAAAGGCAGAAACCUACUUUUGCACGCCAAUCCGGAUUGAUUCGGAUACAGACUACUAUCUAGUUGGAUUCGUCCCAAAUGCAACAAUGGAAACUGCACACCACAUGCUUCUAUAUGGAUGCGAAGAACCUGGAAGUGACGAAGAAGUUUGGAACUGUGGCGAAAUGGCGGUAAAAGAUCCCAGCUUGAAAUCGGCAGAACCAUGCAAAAAAGGCGCUCAGGUUAUUUACGCCUGGGCACAUGACGCGCCAGCGUUGCAGUUACCCCCUGGAGUAGGUUUUCAUGUCGGUGGACGUUCUAAAAUCCAGUAUAUCACGUUGCAAGUUCAUUAUGCCAGCGUUGAUCGGUUUGCUGGUGGUUUAAGAGACGAUUCGGGAGUCUUCUUGAAGUACACCACCAUUCGUCAACCGAAAUCUGCUGGUGUACUUCUGAUGGGAACAGGAGGACGGGUCUCGGCCAACAGUGUCGAGUAUAUGGAGACGGCCUGCAAAAUAAACGAAGACAAAGUUAUCCAUCCGUUCGCAUUUAGAACUCAUACACACGCUUUAGGGCGAGUCGUGUCCGGAUAUAAAGUGAGCAGGGUCAACCGCAGAGACGAAUGGAAACUGAUAGGCAAACAAGAUCCACAACUUCCCCAAAUGUUUUAUCCUGUUGCUAACAAUCUAACCCUUAGUAAAGGAGACACUGUGGCUGCCCGGUGCACUAUGGUGAGCAAUCGAAAUUGGGUGACGCGAAUUGGUUUGACCAGUGAUGAUGAGAUGUGUAACUUCUAUAUCUUGUACUGGACGGAGGGCGGUGAGGUACUUAAUACGAAACAUUGCUUCUCCAUGGGUCCACCGAUCUACAAUUGGUCGCGUAACCGACUUAAUAAUAUUCCUGAAGAUGCAUCGACAUUGUAAUGGAGUAUUAAAUUUGAGAAACAAGGGCAGAGGAAAACUUCAAUCGUUGUUUUGAUCAAGACAUUUUGACUACCACGAUUACGUAUUAUAACAUAAUCGUUGCCGUAGAAUGUUGCAAAAGCAUCACAACAAUUGCGGUGCCCUCCCUAGACUAUCACUUUACUAUGCCCUUUGGCAUUCUCUAUAUAUUGUUUGUGUCUUUGUUUUUCUCCCGUUUUCUUUUGAUUUAUUUUUGCUUUAUUUAUUUUUUUAUUUUUAAAUUUAUUUUUUUUUUGUUUGUUUCUGUUCCCUUUUCUUUUUUUUUUCAUGCUUCUGUUUCCUACGAUUUUGGUUUGCCAGUUCUUUGUUCCGUUUUCAGCACAAGUGUCACACGUUACAAUAUGCACUGUCAAGUUCUUAUUUAUUUGUGCAUAAACGAGGCAUGCCUUA